AUGGGUUCCGGUGAUGUUAACCAGGCCGACAAGUCCGUCCUCGGCAUGCCCGGCUUCGUUGUCGACUUCCUGAUGGGUGGUGUCUCCGCCGCUGUCUCCAAGACCGCCGCUGCCCCCAUUGAGCGUAUCAAGCUCCUGAUCCAGAACCAGGAUGAGAUGCUCAAGCAGGGUCGUCUCGACCGCAAGUACAACGGUAUUGGCGACUGCUUCAAGCGUACCGCCGCCGCUGAGGGUGUCGUCUCCUUGUGGCGUGGUAACACCGCCAACGUCAUCCGUUACUUCCCCACCCAGGCUCUUAACUUCGCUUUCCGUGACACCUACAAGUCCAUGUUCGCCUACAAGAAGGACCGUGAUGGAUACGGCAAGUGGAUGAUGGGUAACCUUGCCUCCGGUGGUGCCGCUGGUGCCACUUCCCUCCUCUUCGUCUACUCCCUGGACUACGCCCGUACCCGUCUGGCCAACGAUGCCAAGUCCUCCAAGGGCUCCGGUGAGCGCCAGUUCAACGGUCUCGUCGAUGUCUACCGCAAGACCCUCGCCUCCGACGGUAUUGCCGGUCUCUACCGUGGCUUCGGUCCCUCCGUUCUCGGAAUUGUCGUCUACCGUGGUCUCUACUUCGGAAUGUACGAUUCCAUCAAGCCCGUUCUCCUCGUCGGUCCUCUUGAGGGCUCUUUCCUCGCCUCCUUCCUGCUCGGCUGGACCGUCACCACCGGUGCCGGUGUUGCCUCUUACCCUCUUGACACCGUUCGCCGCCGCAUGAUGAUGACCUCUGGUGAGGCCGUCAAGUACUCCAGCUCCAUGGAUGCUGCCCGCCAGAUCGUCGCCAAGGAGGGUGUCAAGUCUCUCUUCAAGGGUGCCGGUGCUAACAUCCUCCGUGGUGUUGCCGGUGCUGGUGUCCUGUCCAUCUACGACAAGGCCCAGCUCCUCCUCCUCGGCAAGAAGUUCUAA